AAGCCAAACAGAGCAUUUUACUUCCAAACAGAUCUGACUAUCUGUAUGGCUGCCGUAAUAACAAGAAACAGAGCAGCUCUGAGAUGUUUGUACAGUUCCGUUUGUGUGUCUGAAGGAGUCAUUUUACAGUAUAUCUGGAUCUGCAGAUUAAGGUGGAAUUUUCCAUGAAGUUUACAAGUCGGGACCUCAGCUUGAAGAGAACGCCAUCCAAAAAGCAGAGCGGGGUGUUUGGAGUCAAGAUCAACGUGGUCACAAAGCGCGAGCGCUCCAAGGUGCCUUACAUCGUCCGUCAGUGCAUUGAGGAAGUGGAGAAGAGGGGGAUUAGCAUUCGACACAAGCAAGGCCUCCACUUUGUUUCCUAGCUCUGUACCACUAGAUACCAAAGACAUCCUGGUGAUGCUGAGUGACAUGGACAUCAACGCCAUCGCAGGAACGCUUAAGCUGUAUUUCAGGGAGCUGCCGGAGCCUCUUCUCACAGACCGUCUCUACCCAGCCUUUAUGGAGGGCAUAGCUCUCUCAGACCCUGCAGCCAAGGAAAACUGCAUGAUGCACCUUCUGCGCUCUCUGCCCGACCCCAACCUCAUGACCUUCCUCACUCUGCUGGAGCACCUGAAAAGGGUGGCUGAGAAGGAGCCCGUCAACAAAAUGUCCCUCCAUAACCUGGGCACCGUGUUCGGACCCACCCUGCUCCGGCCCUCUGAGUCAGAAAGCGCCAAGGGACAGCACAUCACGUGCGCCUCCGACAUCUGGUCACAUGAUGUCAUGGCACAGGUCCAGGUGUUGCUCUACUACCUGCAGCAUCCUCCGAUCUCCUUCGCCGAACUCAAGCGCAACACGCUCUACUUCUCCACUGACGUCUAAAAAAGCCGCCACCCCGCCGGGGGCUUCACCCGGACCGCGAGGGUGACACAGAGCGACUCCAUCCAGACCUCGGACCCCACCACCCAGCGCUGCAGCCUAAGCUCUGCUCCCAGCAGACCGCUCGUCUCUGCUGCCGUCCCUCGCUUCUCCCAUCUGAAGAGGAAGUCGAAACGGUUUUGCGGCAGCAACGCGACCGGCCUCUGUGGGAGCACACCGGGAAAUGUUCAGACGGGUGUCUGGGGUUGGGGGCCGGGCAGAGACCACAGCCUGGUGCAGUGGACAGGACAAUAUCUGAGUUUAUGUUUCCUGCUCAGAGGCAUUCCAGAAAAACAAAACAAACAAACAAAAAAAAAUGGCAUUUACAUGUUUUAUAAUAAUGUUCCUCAUUUGUUUCUAUUUCCUUUCUGGUUUUUCCUGGCUUCGUGCGUGUGCGUGUGUGUGUGUGCGUGUAUGUGUGUGAGUAGGACUGUGGAUGUUUUCCACUGAGAGCGUGAGUUCGUGUUAAAGGGACUAAGCAAACUUUCGAGGCGGCUGGAAAGCCAUUCCAAGAAACAGCAAGGAUUGUGUCUCCGUAGGGACAGAGGACGCUCCUCUCUGCUGAGUCUUGGCCAAAAUUAGCCCUAUUUAUUUUGAAAAUAUAUAUAUAAUAUUUGUGCCUGUAGAGUUUUGUGCAACUAGAGACAUUCUCUAAGGAGUCUGUUUUUUUUUUUAAGUUUAUCCAGGUAGUGAUGUUUCUUUCUUUUGUUUUUUUAGCCAGUUUUUUCUGUAUCACCGCGUGGUCGGUGAGCCGUUCUGAGAAGAUAAGUCUGCCAGUUCAGUUCUGAUCACUUUGUAGACAAGCGAGGGCACAUGAGGGUUGACGGCAGGGGAGAGGGGAAAUAACACCAUAAACGGAACAGUUGACUUUUAUUUUCUUCCUCUGCUUCUUCUUGCAUUUCAAGCCUGUUCCAAGUGUGUUGCUGCACCAGUGUUAUCUGUAGGAUGAUUUUGCGUAGACGCCCUCAUUGCAUGUUCAGCUUGUCGAUGAAAUUUGGCCGGGUAACACAAAGGUAGGCCGUCUCUGGGAAGGAGAAGGAAGAAAUCGAUACAAAGCCAACCUUUCUGCUAUCAAGCCUACAUAUCUUAAGAAAAUGCAAGCACUGCUAAAUGAGUAAUAUUUGAUAUUUUUAAUAUAAGAAUAAAAAGAAACAAAAACUGUUGUAUUUUACUUCCUUUGAGAAGAAUUUCAAUAUGCUGUAAUAUUGCGACUAAAUGUCCAUGUGAACUUUUUCCCUCUUUUUUUUUUAAGUAAAAUUAAAAGAAAUAUUGAAGCA